AUGGGUGGUGGUCCAAGAGUCCCGUACCCCAAGCACGUCUGGUCGCCCAGCGGUGGUUGGUACGCCCAGCCGUCCAACUGGAAGGCCAACACCGCCGUCUUCAGCGCCGUCAUCGUCGGCAUCACCGCCCUGGCCUGGAAGCUGAGCGCCGAGCGCGAGACCCGUCACAACUUCCCCGAGCCGGGACGCUUCUUCCCCAGCAGAUAUUGGAGCAAGCAGAUCAUCGAGCACGAGAAGGCAGAGGCCGCCAAGAAGGGCGGUUCGUGA